CACCUCUCGUCCAGUGCCAGCAUUCUUGCCCCGCCCCCCGACCACGAGGAGCCUUCCCCUGGCCACUCACACUCACACACACACACACACUCUCACACACGCGCGCGCGCCUCGCUGCGGCCCUACAGUAUGGCGGCGGAGAAGGAUUCUGGGAGUUUCCUGGAGGCGGCGGUGAAGAUCAGCCACACGUCCCCUGACAUCCCGGCCGAGGUGCAGCUCUCCAUGAAGGAGCACCUGCUGCGCCGGACGCGCAUCUCCCGCCAGACCACCGAGCCCGCCUCCUCCAACAGGCACAGCUCCUUCAAGAAGCACCUCCCCCGGCAGAUGCACCAUGUGGCCAGCCUGGACGGUGGCACAGACUUCCUGGAUGCGGAGGAGAAGCACUUGGGCCUGGGCCGCCUGCAGCCAGAGCUGUACCAGCAGAGUGCCGUGGAGGCUGACCACUCUGCCGACAACGACCCCAGCAAGAACUGCGGCAAGAUCAACUUCUCUCUCAAGUACGACUACGAGAGCGAGCAGCUGCUGGUCACCAUCGUACGCGCACUGGACCUGCCAGCCAAGGACUUCUGCGGAAGCUCUGACCCCUACGUCAAGAUCUACCUGCUGCCCGACCGCAAGCGGAAGUUCCAGACGCGCGUCCACCGCAAGACGCUCCACCCCACCUUUGACGAGAGUUUCCAGUUCCCCGUGCCGUACGCCGAGCUGGCCACCUGCAAGCUGCACCUGAGCGUCUUUGACUUCGACCGCUUCUCACGCCACGACAUGAUCGGAGAGGUCAUCCUGGACAACCUGUUUGAGGAGUCAGACCUGUCCCGCGAGACGUCCAUCUGGAGAGACAUCCAGUAUGCCACCAGCGAGAGUGUGGACCUAGGUGAGAUCAUGUUCUCCUUGUGCUACCUGCCCACGGCAGGUCGACUCACUCUCACUGUGAUCAAGUGCAGGAAUCUGAAGGCCAUGGACAUCACUGGCUACUCAGACCCGUAUGUGAAGGUGUCGCUCAUCUGUGAUGGCAGGCGACUGAAGAAGAAGAAGACGAGCAUAAAGAAGAACACGCUGAACCCCGUGUACAACGAGGCCAUCAUCUUUGACAUCCCCCCCGAGAACAUGGACCAAGUCAGCCUGCACAUCUCCGUCAUGGAUUAUGACCUGGUGGGCCAUAAUGAGAUCAUCGGGGUGAAUCGCGUGGGCAGUCAUGCUGAAGGCCUGGGCCGGGACCACUGGAGCGAGAUGCUGGCGUAUCCACGGAAACCCAUCGCUCACUGGCACCCUCUGCUGGAGGCCAAGAGGUCUGAGAAAGAGGUAGGACACUGCUCCUGCUUUGACAGUCAGGGGUUCUUGCCUCCCAGCCUCCCGUCCAGCCCAUGA